AUGCAGCUCACCCAGCUCCUCCUCUCUUCCGCCCUCUUUGCCUCAGCCACCCUCGCCGCGCCCGUCUCCAUGAUGGCCGCCGGUCCGGAAUGGACCAUCCAGAACAUGAAGCGUGUCUGCAACGCCGCCAACACCUCCUGCACCUGGACUUUCGGCAUCUACACAGGCUCGGGCACCGCGACCUCCUGCACCUAUGUCGUCAAGGCCACGGGUGCCGCCCAGGCCAACGGCGGCCCAUCCACCUGCGGCGACUUCACCAUCACCUCCGGCUGGAGCGGUCAGUUCGGCCCCGGCAACGGCUUCACCACUCUGUCCGUCGUGGAUGACGAGACUCGCCAGAUUGUCUGGCCGGCUUAUACCGAUAAGCAGCUGACAGGCGGCAAGGUUGUCAAGCCAGACCAGAGCUAUGCUCCCGCUGCGCUGCCUUAA